AUGGAGAAGCAUAAUAUUCCGCUUGGCACACUCAAGGAGUGUCUCCAAUUCUUGCAAUGGUUACAUAAUGACAGGCUGGGAAAAAAGAUGCAAACCCAGGUGAUCAAGGCUCUGCAUGAGCGUCUUAGUGGCAAGUAUAAAAGUGUUAAUCCGUCACAAAUUCAACAAGCACUCACCAAUUUCCUUAGCAGCGUGUCCAAGUUUCAUACGAAAUUGUGCUACAAAACAACGCCCGGAAGCUAUAGCACUGUAGAUGCACAAAACGUUACCGACGCCCUUCUAGAAUGCAUCCCCAAGUUCUUAGCCGUGAUGUACUUUCUGCGGUACCAGGUGGACCCGGGCUUUGCUGCGCUGGGAGGAGGGGGGUGGAAGGACAAACCAGUUGGGGUGAUUGCACUGUACGCUGCACUUGGUGAACGUGCUGCGGCUUUGACCGGCCCAGUGGACAAGUACCUCACUGCUGAAUCCGGCACUGACUACGGUGGCGUGAUACCUGGUGGCUUCGAUCCAGGGGACCUGAAGCCAGGUUACCAGAGUGGUUACUCUCCUGCUUCUGCCAUGGUCAAAGACAUUCAAAGUAUUCUGAACAAGCAAGAUAAAGUACAAAAUUAUUUCCUCGACGUGUAUUCCACAACAGUAAUUCCAGACUCCGGCGCCGAGACUCCGAAUAUCGCCAACUCUCUGCGUUUGGUGCAAGAUUUUUACGUCUCUUGGCACAAUUUUCACCAAGGACCAUUUUCCUUUACCGGAUAUGCGCGGGAAUACAAUUUCCUUAACGACCAAAAUAUCGCCAAGAAGAUGGCGAGUUGGUUUAAGAAGAAUUUGGGUAAAGUGAAAGAUAGUGUGAAAAAGAUUAAGGCUUUUAGUAGCAUGAAGUUCACGAAGCCGAAGAGGGGAAGUAGAGCCCUGUCUUCGUCUCAGUCCAAAGCCCUUCAUACUUAUUUCACGCAAAACUUUAUUCCCUACGGAUUCACGUUUUAUGGCAACCAUUACACCAACAAUAAUGCUCCGUAUGGUCUUUUACAAACGGAGUGGGACAGUGCAAUCAGUGAGCUUGGGAAAACCGGUGAAGGAUUGCAGAGACUUGUUGACAUUCUGAAUGGUGCGGAAUGUAUAGCACAAGAGGAAAAAAAGCAACAAAGGCAACAGAGGCGAAAUGGAAAUCAAAAUCAAGAUGGUGAACAACAAACUGAAAAUGAACCAGAUGAAGAAAUAGAUGAAGAGGAAGAGGAGGAGCCUCCGGAUGUAGAGUUAAAGGAGGAUGGAAAGACGGCUGAAAUUCCCAAACCAGCAGCCCCAAAGCCUGUGGCCGCAAGGCCUGAGGCGGCGAAGCCGACUGAAACUAAGGGUGGUGAGGGAGCGCAGAACCAGGGCAAGAAGGCGGAGGGAGCACAGGACCAGGGGAAGAAAGCGGAGGGAGCACAGAACCAGGGGAAGAAAGCGGAGGGAGCACAGAACCAGGGGAAGAAAGCGGAUAGAACUUCAAGUCAGAAUAAUGGCCAAAGUGACGGAAGUUCUCCACUUUCACCAGUUGGACAGCCUUCAGCUCCAGCUCCGCCUUCCGGUAUGGAUGGAGGGUCAGGACCGAAAGGGCAUAGUGGUAGUCAAGGCAAGCCAGGGCCUAAUGGUGAUCGAGGACAGCAAGGUCCUCCUGGUCCAGGGACCACGGAUCAUUCUCCGACUCAAAUUCAGACGAGUCAACAAACUGUUCAUCCUCAUCAAGUUGCUACUCCAAGACCGCCAGCUCCUCCCCCUCCCACCAUUGCUUCUGCAGACCCUGGCUCCACUAGUCAGCCAGGUCCCACGGAUCAGGAUUCACCGUCCGAUACGUCUCCAGGUAAACAGCCUGCUGUCUCUCAAGUCACUGAGCUUGCUCAGCCUUCGAGUGUUCCAGGUCAAGGCUCUGGGCCAACUGGUGAUCAGGAGGUUGGUACACAAGGUAGUCAAGGUGGUGGUCAUCCAACAAGUCAAGUCACUACUCAAAAUACAAGCAGCGGCGCUACUCCGUCGGUUACCACGGCGCCUGGUGGAGGUGGGAGUAAUGGAGGGGGUGGAGGUGGAGCAAGAGGGGGAGAAAAGAAGGGGGGAACCACAUUAUCUCCAGAACAACAAAAGCGUUUAAAUGAUUAUGGAGCGGAACUACAAGCAAAAAGAAAGCGAGAUGAGGGGAACAUGACAAGCAUAAUUGAUAAAGUAAAUGAAAAUUUAGAAAAAAUCCAACAAAACAAAAUAGAAGAAAAUGCGCAAACAAAUUUACGAAAACAGUUACUUGCCAAUUUGCGAAACCAAAAUACCUCUCGUUCUCGCGGUGGCCGUCGCCUUAAUUGGCGUGAGCCAUUCGAUCCACAACUUAUUACUAGACGUCCUAACGAUACCUAUUCUUCUGACACGCUUGUGCUUGAUGGUAUGGACAUGUCAAAUGAAUCUUCGACUGACCCCGCGCAGGAGUGGUAUCGCCAGCAUUGGGAUAAAAGGAAAUUGGCGGAACAAUUCCGAAAGGAGACUGAGCAAAAGGAGCGGGAGAAAUUCAGACAAACUCUGAAAGAUGUACAGAGAAAACUCGAAGAAGACGAGCGAAAACUUCAGCAAAGAUUACGCGAUUAUGAAAAAGAAGAACGAGAGUUACAACAGAUGUCAGUUGCGAUGGGUUUUGACGGAGAUGAGGUAAUAGAUAUCGGAGGGGAAACUGUGCCGGAAUUUAACGACUCAGAAGAGAUUGAAUUUGACGGUCACGCUGUAAAGCAUGAUUCUGAUAUUGAGAGAGAACUACAGGUUUCUGCGGAUAUUGACAAUGCCCACCAACAACUUUUUGAAGAUCAGACAAAGAAACAAGAGAAAUAUGAUGCCUUUUUGCGUAGUUUAAGACAAUACGCGAAGAGUGUAAAUAAGUAUGGCGUUGAAAACAUCGACAUCGUUGGCCCCCCUUCACGCAAUGUUAACGAUCCCUUCGACAUCGAUAUCUGUGUUACAAAGCCCAUUGUUCAAGACCCUGUCGACAACCCGUAUGAUGACCCUUAUGCCAAUAUGGAGGAUAUCGUGCGAGACGAGUUGAAAACUUCGGCACAGCAAUAUGGUGGAGACAAAGGCUUUUCUGGACUGCCCAAGAGUAAUUUAAACCUCGAAUUUACUCCAUCAUUUUUAAAAUCCGAUGGGGAUCAUGAUCCUGGUAUUCCCCGCGAUACUCCAAGGAAGCCAUAUGACCACAACAUUCCUGUGUUCCCUGACUCCGGAGUAUGCCGCAACCCCUGGUACGUUUCCGAUUCCUUUACCACUACCAUAACUCCAACUCCCUCCCCCCUCCCAGACUCCGACCAUCUGCCCCCGCCCAACACCGUCAGGGAAAUGCUCCACUGGCUGGUUGGGUUGAACCAAAAGGGGUAUGUUGGGAUUAUUAAGGAGCAUGUUAAAGGCAUUUUAAGUGCACUUAACGAGGAUGUCUCACAGCCUCCAGAUGCCCUCGAGGUCACUGGGCAUCCCACCAAUCUGACCGCUGCCCAUGUCACCGCCAAACUGACCGAGGCAUGCCACUACGCUGCCAACGUUCUCCACAGGAUCAAGCACAAAGAUAUUUCGCAAGCUACUUCAAUUCCCGAUUUCAGUUCAGAAUAUUCCAAGCUUUGUUAUUCCAUCGACCCCGCCUGCCUCCUCUGCCAGCUGCGGGACUGCGUCUACGCCUGCUACCACCAGUUGACGUUCCUCAAAGUGCAGUGUAAUCGGGAGCAGUCACAUGGUGGUUGGAAGGAUUGUCAAUAUGGCAAUAAUGUCCCCAAGUCCCCCCUCCAGGACUUCCUGACUGACGGCCCCGACUCCAAGUUCGAGACACAUCCCUUCGACCCGCGCAACAUCUGCCGCAAGACCCGUGUCAAGAUGGGAUUCAAGGAUGAGGAUUUGCCUGCAUCUCACGAAACUGGCAAGCAUAUUUCCACCAUCCUCUCUCCCAGCUGCGGCGGCGACGAUCCCCUGCUGACACUGUCCUCUUACCUCAACUGCCUCACCAGGCGGACGCCGCGCACCACCGGGGAGCUUGUCUCGUUCUUCCACAAUUUCGGGAAUUCACUCUACAAGCCUCCUUCAGGAUUGUCCAAGCUGGGCUCCGCCCUCUCCAGUCAGCAUGACCACUGCCCCGACUGGGACUGUCUUGAGGACGCCGACCUCCAAGUCAUCAAGUACGUCCGGGGCUCCGCCCCUGCCAGCUCCAACUCCAUCCACGACAAGGACCAUCCCAAUACCCUGUCGUCUCUUCUUGGCUGCGGCAUCGAUAAUGCCAACUGCCCACAGCAUAUGAAGCCCAUCACCCACCGGGCCUACGCCCUCUACUCCAAGGCCUUCACCCACCACUACCUCGGCUGGACGGCCUACCUGGCAGACAGACUGUGGGAGUCACUGGAAAAGCUGCACUAUGAUCUCGAGAAGCUUCAAUGUCAUGACUCCAUGUCCAAGGCUCUCCACCAGUGUGCCGACGCCCUGCCACUUCUCUACCGUCACGGCAUCACGCCGCCGGACGGGGCACUGCAGUCCUCACUCACGUGUGCACAGGUCAUCGCCAAGCUGGAAGCAGUGGUCGCCGGAGAGCCUAUCGCAAGCCUCAUGACCGCCAUGGACACAUUCCUCUACGGCAUCCGUGCGCCCUUCCUCUACACUGUGUUCACGCUCUGGCUCACCGCCACGCUCUACAUCGCCCACUCAUUCCUCUACCGCAUGGACGUCCUGCGCAUUCGCUCCCACCUACUCACCACCAGGGCCUCCCACCUCAUCGACGUCAAGGCUUUGCUCUCCACCAGCAGGAGAAUGCUCUCACUCUACAAGGACGUCGACUACUUCGACGAUGACUUUGGCACGUGA